AUGGCCAAAACUCUCUUGCUCACCUCCAACACUCUCAAGGCUAUAAUCUGCUGCUUGCUGCUGGCCAUAUCGCUUCGAUGUGCAAACGCAGCUCGAAUCCUUGAUGAAGUGGACCCCGAAAUGCCACUCCCAGCCAACGCCCCUGAAGCGUCUGAUCCAACAGAUACAGAUGUGGCACCUGUGGUGGCCCCUGCUGCCGCACUGCCAAGUGGCCAAAUUCCAGCCACUGGUCCCACGACGUUACCAAUUGGAGCAGGCCCAAUCACCACGGUGGCCCCAGUUGCUAAUAUCCCCAACACAGUCACAGCACCGGUAGCAACUCCAGCCGCCACAUUACCAAGUGGGGCUGCUGCAGGUGCCACAGUUGCCCCGGUGGCAACUCCAGCCGUCACAUUACCAAGUGGACCCGCGGCAGUUGCCACCACAAGUGCCACUGUAGCACCGGACCAUCCUCCAUUGUCGUUCUUUAUGCAUGACAUCCUAGGUGGUUCCCACCCCUCAGGCCGGGUGGUUACCGGAAUCGUAGCCAACUCCGAUGUUAACAACCUCCCUUUCUCCAAACCCAACGGCCAAGUCUUCCCAAUAAACGGCGGUGUGCCCCUCAACACUGUCAACAUAAACGGCAUCAUCAACAACAACAAUGCUCCAUUCCUAGUAGGCCUCAAUGGUCAACAAACCAACACAGUCAUCCAAAACAAUGGCAACAACAAUGUAGUCAAUGGUGGCAACAACUUACCCUUUGUCUCCGCCGGGCAACUUCCGGCUGGCAUAACUCUUCAACAGCUUAUGUUCGGCUCAAUCACCGUCGUUGACAACGAGCUAACAGAAGGGCAUGAAUUGGGCACAGCAGUUCUCGGAAAAGCGCAAGGAUUUUACAUGGCAAGCUCUCUAGAUGGUAGUAGCCACACCCUUGUACUAACAGCAUUGUUCCAUGGAGGUGAUCAUGAGGUGGAUGACACCAUCAGCUUCUUUGGGGUUCACCGGACCGCCACGCCAGAGUCUCACAUUGCAAUUGUUGGAGGGACUGGUAAGUAUGAGAAUGCAAAAGGGUAUGCCAUUAUUGUGACUCUUCAUCAGCAAGAUCAGCACACUACUGAUGGAGUGGAAACAAUCACCCAAUUCAGUGUUUAUCUCACCCCAUAA